GCGGGCCGUUACGCCGGCGCGGACUGGUGACGUAACCGAUGCUUCCGGUCCCUGACGCUCCCCACCCCCCAGCUUAGCACAGGGGGUCUUCUGGAUUGAACCCGGCCCCCGACCCCGCCAUUCCUUUCCUUCCAGCAUGAUCCGCUGGACCUCCAGCACCUUGCCUGAAAAAGACCACUUAACUUGGACGAACCCUUUGGCAGCCUCAGACCGUCCUUGAAGAGAAUGACUGAAACACUAUGGGCCAUGCACUGUGUGUCUGCUCUCGGGGAACUGUCAUCAUUGACAAUAAGCGCUACCUCUUCAUCCAGAAACUGGGGGAGGGGGAAUUCCUCUGGGUUUAAGCAGUAUGGGUGAUGAUCAUGGUCCUUCACUGACCCCUUUGGCCGACAGUGGGUUCAGCUAUGUGGACCUAGUGGAGGGGUUACGUGAUGGACAGUUCUACGCCCUGAAGCGAAUCCUGUGUCAUGAGCAGCAGGACCGGGAGGAGGCCCAACGAGAAGCAGACAUGCACCGCCUCUUCCAUCACCCCAACAUCCUUCGCCUUGUGGCUUAUUGUCUGAGGGAGCGAGGCACUAAACAUGAGGCCUGGCUGCUGCUGCCCUUCUUCAAGAGAGGCACGCUGUGGAAUGAGAUAGAAAAGCUGAAAGACAAAGGCAACUUCCUAACUGAAGAGCAAAUCCUUCGGCUGUUGCUGGGUAUCUGCAGAGGCCUUGAGGCCAUUCAUGCCAAGGGUUAUGCCCACAGGGACCUGAAGCCCACAAACAUCUUGCUUGGAGAUGAGGGGCAGCCAGUUUUAAUGGACUUGGGUUCCAUGAAUCAAGCGUGCAUCCACGUGGAGGGCUCCCGCCAGGCUCUGGCCCUGCAGGACUGGGCAGCCCAGCGGUGCACCAUCUCCUACCGAGCCCCGGAGCUCUUUUCUGUGCAGAGCCACUGUGUCAUCGACGAGCGGACUGAUGUCUGGUCCCUAGGAUGCGUGCUCUAUGCCAUGAUGUUUGGGGAGGGCCCUUAUGACAUGGUGUUCCAGAAGGGUGACAGCGUGGCCCUUGCUGUGCAGAACCAGCUCAGCAUCCCGCAGAGCCCCAGGCAUUCCUCAGCUUUGCGGCAGCUGCUGACCAUGAUGAUGACCGUGGACCCCCAGCAGCGCCCUCACAUUCCUUUCCUCCUGAGUCAGUUGGAGGCACUGCAGCCUCCUGCUCAGGGCCAGCACACUACCCAAAUCUGAACAAACCAGUGGCCGCGUUGAGAAGGUGGCCUCUGUGCCUUGGGAAGAAGCUUCCAUCCCUCAGUGGAGUCUCCAUCCUUUCUAUCCAGGACCCCUCUCUUGUGGUUGGGGCAGCCGGGGGUGGGGACAGUCAGCUCAGUCUUCUGCAUCUGUCUAUGCUCUGUUACCCCAAAGAGCAACACCUCGACAGGGGGCUUGACUGAGUGGGGGUGGAUAAGGGUCGGGGCUGGAGUAAGGGAAACUGAUAGAAUCUGGUAAAGGCUCUGCAGGUCUGCUGAGCUUAUAUCAUGAUAUGCCUCCAAAUCUGGGUGCAGGAGAAUGUAUCAAUAGGAGAAUAAAGUAAAAGCAGCCUGAUGUGA